AUGACACAUCAACGGUUCAUCACCAAGCAUAAUGACGAUGGAAACGCGAUAUUUGACACGCGACUCAACGAUGAGUUACCCGAGACCGUCCUCUCGACACACGUCUUCUACCUCGGUUACGUCACUCAAGGGUUUCCCGUUGAUCUCGAAGACAAUACAGACAUAGAGACAUAUGGGAACUACAUUAGCAACUCUCCAGGGCUUGGUGUCCCUGGAGGUUCGGUGCUCCGGUUUGUUGACUUCCCACCCGGUAGAUCAGCCAUGCAUCGGACACUGAGUAUAGACUACGGAGUUGUGAUUGAGGGUGAGAUGGAGUUGGUGCUCGACUCGGGGGAGAAUUGAAGCGAGGGGAUGUAGCAGUCCAACGUGGGACAAAGCACCAAUGGGUCAACACAGGUGAGGAGAAAUGGGCUCGAAUGGUGUUUGUUCUUCAGAAGAGCAAGCAGCUGGCAGUGAAGAGUUAAACUGGAGGAAGAUCUGGGGAGCUUGGGCGAUGGGUUGAGACCAUCCGUCUGAAAUAGACUUGACUUGGUGGGCUUGGUUUCAAGGCUGAUAGAAGAAGUGCAGAUACCUAGAAGGUGAAGGGGUACCUUUCAAGUCGAGGCCACUAACACUAUGGGGUAAUUAAUCACCAAUGCCGGGCAAAUAAGAUGAUAUUGAUUAUCAGACGGCGAUAAGGGUCCAGAUCUGUCCAGACUCCCAGGCAAUAAAGUGUGUCCACCUGAUACAUUUCAAGUUAGCGUGUGAGUGAUCAAGUGAGCUGCGAUGUGAGAAUGAGAGAGAAAUGCUUAUAGACCUAGCGUUAUCUCACCU